CUUCAAACAGUUGCAACAUAUCUUUCCUAACUUUUAUCAAUCAAUUAAAAAAGAAAACAAUCUCAGUAUUCUUACAGACAUGGGUUUUCUUGGAGCCCUUGCAAGAAACUUGGAUGCUCUUCUCGGGCCUGGAGUAAUGCUUCUAUAUCCCUUAUAUGCAUCCAUGAGAGCUAUUGAGAGCCCAUCACCCUUAGAUGAUCAACAAUGGCUGACAUAUUGGGUUCUCUACUCCUUCCUAACAUUGUUCGAGCUCUCAUGUUGGAAGAUCCUUCAAUGGCUUCCUUUCUGGCCGUACAUGAAGCUUAUAUUCUGCUUGUGGCUGGUUCUCCCCAUCUUCAACGGCGCAGCUUACAUCUACGAGAAUUUCGUGAGAAGAUACGUUAAAGUUGGGAGCUACGUGAGCUCGAAUCUUCCAGAAGGUCAGAGGAAGGUUCUUCAGAUGAUGAGCCUUGAUGCUAGAAAAUCAGUUGAGAGAUACAUCGACAAAUAUGGCCCCGAAGCCUUCGACAGGGUCGUCAAAGCGGCUGAGAGAGAAGCAAAGAAACACUGAGGAGUUAUGAUAUUAAUUCUUCAAUUUCCAUAGAGAUUAAACUAAAGAAUCGGUGAAGCUUAGAUUAAUUAAUGCUCUGUAAUGAUUCAUAGGAAAUUAAUUAAUUACCGUAAUAUUCAAAUUGUAGCAGUAGUUGUUGAGCUCUCGAUUUGCCCAUUCAGUUAAUUUCCUUUUUCAUCUUCGAUUAAUUGUUGUCUUCUGGCUUAAACAAAUGAUCUGUUUUUAUACAAUAUUAAUAUAUAUGUUGUUUAAUUGA